AUGUCUUACACUCGGCAAGCUGUCUGGGCUCCCAAUGCUCCAAAGCCGAACGGCAAAUACAGUCAUGUCGUCAAAGCGAAAAGUGGAAUGGUGUACCUAGCCGGAUGGAUGGGCGAUGAUCCGGAAACGGGGAAAAUUGUGCAAGGAGGCAUCGAAGCGCAGACGGAACGAGUUAUUCUGAACAUAAAGGCGUGUCUUGAGGCUUGCGGGUUGACUUUUGACAAUAUCGUCUCGAGACGAAUCUACAUCAUUCCCAUGCAAGACUACAGGAAGGUCCUCGAAGUGUGGGACAAGUAUUUCGAGGAACCGUAUCCUGUAUCGACGCUGAUUGGGGUGACGUCCCUGGCGAAGGAAGAUGCGUUGGUGGAGAUUGAAGUGGUCGCAGAACAAUAG